GGUAAUAUCUUUAUUUUACUGUUUGACAUGGGACUUUUUCUUUAUUCCCAAUGACAGAUCAUUUUGUCUCCUGGUAUCUCAUUUCAGCUAUCUUUUAUUGUUAUUAAUGAGUAGAAAUACAUUUAUGUCCCCUUAUCUUUCUAUUGAACUUGGGAGAUGAGAUGCAAAUGCCUUAGGAAUAUUGAUCUGAGUGAAUUUAAUGCAUUUUUUUUUCUGUGUAUUUACAGAUGGGGCGUGAAUGGGUUUGGUUGGAUUCUGAACAAGACUAUCCCAAUGACUCUGAGUUGAGCAACAACUGCAGGUCCCUCUUCAGCUCGUGGGACUCCAGUCUGGAUCUUGAUGUGGGCAGAUGGAGGGAAACUGAGGAGCCAGGGUCUGAGGAAUUAGUGGAAAGCAGCCCAGGGACAGAAUCUAGUGAGCUGCUUAUGGGGGACGGAGGCAGUGAGGAAUCUCAGGAAGAGACAGAGCAAAUCAGCCACCAGAACCUCCUACACUUUCUCUCUGAGGUAGCUUAUUUAAUGGAGCCAUUGUGCAUUAGCAGCAAAGAAUCAAGUGAAGGUUGCUGCCCUUCACCUGAUACCAGACAAGAGGAAAGGGAAAUUGAAGCUACUGAAGGAGAUGAGGAGCCCUGCAGAGAGCCUGAAGAGCUUUCAGCUAAGGUAGAACCAUUGGUAGCUGAGGAGUCACUGGGAGAACAUGGAAGGCCAGAAGUGGCUCCAGCUCCCUCAGAUAUUUGUGCAGUUUUGGGACUACCAACAGAGAAUAAAGAGGGAGAGGUUCAGCAAGAAUCCAAAGAGGAGGAUCAGGGCGAAGGGUAUGUGUCAGAGAUGGAAGACCGGCCCUCCUCAGGUCUAAUCUAAGCCAGAGUGAUCCUGUUCAGGAUCACUUAUUGUUUAAGAAGACUCUCCUGCCAGUAUGGAAGAUGAUUGCCAGUCACAGGUUCAGCAGUCCAUUUCUGAAGCCAGUGUCAG